ACGCUAUAUCGAAAGAAUACCACCUGAGUCACAGCUAGCUUGGUGCGGUGUGUCGAAGUACUACCUACAGCGUUUGCUAAACAGCCGUUCGAGGUUCAGUCGUACCGCAACAGUGAAAGGGUACUCGGUACCUUCAGAUUAAAGGGUUUUCUCGUGUUUUUUCUGUUACCGUGACUCUGUGUGAUUUUUUUGUGUUUGGAUUGGUUGAUUUUGGAUUUAAAACUGUAGUUUUGUUGGUGUGUCUCUUAGGGAUUGGAAUUAUGUUAAGAGAGUAACAGCAACAAUGCUACAGUAUGGUGGUUACGCUCCAACUCACACUAGGAAUAUUCCUGAUCCUAUCACAAUGGAGUCUCAUAGCACAAGGAGUCACUGCUCGUGACUAUCACGAAGCAGCCCAAUCCACAUCAACACCGCCCAUCCAAAAUGCCACAGAAAUCAACAACAGGGACCUGAACAAGAUCGCAACCGAUAACCCAAAGACUGAUCUCCUAGAUUCCAAGCUAAAACCUGUAAAUAAUGUAAAUAACCUCGAUAUCUUCCCCCCGAUUUUCGGUAGCAUUAAGCCCGAUGAUGAAACCAGUGACGUCGAUGAUGAUGAAGAUGAUAGUAAGUCCAAGGAAGACACUAAAGAAGAUUUGUUUAAAGAAAAGUUUCCCAAACCGGUAGAUAUAGACUCUAAGAAAUUCUGGGCUCGAAAAAACGUAGUUUAUACUGCGCCUCCUUCUUCAGACGUUGAAAAAAUACAUGAAGAUGAAGAUGAUGCUUUUGAGGGAAUUCGCGAGCACUACAACAUCGAAUUCGCGAAGCACACAAAGCUAACAACACCAAAAAACGAAAUUUUUGAUCAAAAGUUCAAGGAAACAGUCGAAAGCGUUGAUCAGGGUAUUGAAGAAGGUUACAGAACAAACAAGGAUCGUCAGAAUGAGUUUCUUUUGGACGAUACAGAUGAAGAAUCGUCUAAAGUCAAUGGUACUAGCAGUAAUGAAUUCAUCCAAACGAAAUCCAUCAUCAAAAACGAAACUAUUGAUAAAAAUUCAAUUCACAAAGACCUAGACAUCGAACAAAUCAAAAGAAUCAAUUACGACAGCUCCUUCAAUGAUACGGUCAGCUAUAACGAGGAAACCACCAAAGGGGAGACCUAUGAACCGUCUAGUACAACCGAAAAAAUUUCCGGUACUUCACCCAGACUGAUCACAACAAGAAAACCUUCUUUGAUGAAGACACAAAGCACUGAGAGGAUUAACAAUCAAAUUUUAAGCAACAAAAUCGAGACCGAAACAAGAAAACCUAUCAAAGAAAAUGGUUCCAGUACUGCUUUACCCGAGAGCACAAAGAAACCUAAAGGAGAACUCGAGAAUGCGCAGUCUACUUUAAAAACCGUACGCACAGAACCAACCAGUACCACUGUAAGUAGUACUUCCCUUAGAUCAAACGUAUCUGAUCAAGAAAAUCACAUAAUUCCUGAUAGUACUAGUACAAAGAAAGCAAUCACUGAAAUCUUUUCAGAUGAGACAUCUUCUAUAACCCUGGUAACUACAGAUAGUUUAUUAGAAGCAUCAGAAACAACAGAAAAUUCUAAAAUAACUGAUGUAACGCAUAAUAUAACCUCUAGAUUAGUCGAAGAUGACGUAAGUACUACAGAAAAUUUACUGACUAGUACCACGGAGGAACAGCCUGAGACCACUACUGUGCUCUUUACAACAACCUUGCCAGAAACCACUACAGAGGAACUAGUCACAGAACUUGUGAAAGACGACUUUUUAGAAAUCACCAGUGAGGAAGACGAGGUUAGUACGACGGAGCCUGUAACUACAGAGUCGCCACAAAGGACUUCAAAAAGUCUGGAGAACACUUUAGUACCUGAUCAAGCGACUAGAUCGACGGAAAUAAAUUUAAAUAGUACAACAAAGGUGGUGGAAAUAAGUACAGUAAGUACUACAGUGGGGGAUAUAGAAAGUACAACUUUUUCUGAGAGAAUAAGAGAUAAUGUUAUAGUAAAGGUUACUACAGAAUUACCUGAGACAACUACAGUUCUUGAAACAACUACUGUUACAGUACCUACACUGAUAAGUAGUACAGAAGAACCAGUAAAGACUCCUGAAAUCACUACGGAAGUAUCAGAAACAUCUCAGGGAACCACAGAAUUUAAGUUUAUUCAUAUAGAAGAUUCAGGAAUUAAUCAUACAACUCUACAUCCAGAAACUCUAGGUCCAGGUUUGAACUAUUCAACUCCAUCUGAAAACGGAGCAACUCUUGUUAGAAAAAUAGUUCAUCAUGAUCUUUUACCAAGUGAAACUACGACUCCUGGUAUUAACAACGUGACUAGUACAGAUGCUGAUGAGGAUAAUACUAUUCCAACAGAAAGUUUGACCAAAGAUGGUGGUGAUAAUAAAGGCAAGAUAGCUGCCAUUGCUAUUUCUUCAGUUGGGGCAGUAUGUUUGGUGAUUUUAGCUGGAUUAUUGUAUGUUAUGAAGAAGAGACAAAGACGAUUGAACUACGGUCCCAGGUGCAGACCAGUCAGUUUAGACGAUUACAGUAUAGAUAAUUUGUCAGUUUACAACAGCAUGAGAAGGAAAAAUGACAGAAUGUCAAAGAGAUCUUUUGGAAAUCCUGCUUUUGAGGAUCCGACUUCACCAACACAUCCGUUGAAUUUCCCAGCUUUGGCAAAAUUCUCCACGAAUUUUGAUGAUAUCCGAGCUGAGUAUGAAGAAAUUCCACAGAUUACAGCCAAGACUUCGGAACUUCCUGAGGAUUGCGACUCCAAAAACCGAUACGCCAAUGUUAUACCAUUGCCAGAAACUCGAGUAUACUUGAAACAUAUCGAUGGAUACGAAAACAGCGACUACAUUAAUGCAAAUUAUGUUACAGGUCCAAAAAACACCAGAGGGUACUACAUAGCCACUCAAGGUCCCUUACAAAGUACAGUGGAUGAUUUUUGGAGGAUGGUUUGGGAACAGCAAUCAAAAGUCAUCCUGAUGCUGACCCAUUUGGUUGAAAACGGACUUGAAAAAUGCGUGGAUUACUUACCAGAAUCUGAAGUAAUCAACUGCAACAGAUCUUUUGGAGAUUUCCAGAUUGUUUUGAAACGACGAGAAGUUAAAGAAAAAUAUAUCAUCUCUAGUUUGCAAUUGAAGAACAUGGUAUCGAAUAGCUGGAGAGAAAUCACUCACUUUUGGUACCUCGGUUGGCCAGAAAAAGGAGUACCUAGCGAAGCUAACUCUCUGAUAGCUUUCCUUAUUGAAGCUAGAAGCUAUAUGAAAACUACCACACUAGAUCAUAGAAAUGGCGAUACAGGUGUUCACAAUGGCAUGGGAAACAGUGAACACAACCCUGUAGUGGUUCAUUGUAGCCCUGGAACGGGUCGUACAGGAGUUGCUAUUGCCUGUGACAUAGCCAUCAGGGAGUUUGAAAGUACCAGAAUGGUGGAUAUACCGAAGAUAGUGUACCGGAUACGCCGUGAUAGAGCUGGGGCAGUGCAAUCGAAAGAACAGUACCAGUUUAUAUACAAGGUGGUGAGUCUCUAUGCAACAAAACUGACAGGAGGAGCCCUAGAAAACUUUUAAUACUCUUUUUUGUGUUACUACUCAUUACUUUAGUUGUACUAUAGUACUACGAACUACAUACUUAGGUACUGUUUAUUUGUGUGAUUAAAUGUCAAAGGCAACUACUGUGAAGGAUUUUUGCGCACAAAUUCUAUAUAUUUUUUCUAUUCUUUAUAGUUUUCGAUGUUGUAUAAAUGAUUCGUUAUUUUUUGUGAUAUAUAUAUCUUUGUUUUUUAUUGUGCAUAUUUAGUUGUAACAAUAUUUCUUUCUACAAAGUUUAUUUUAUAGAAAAAAAGCAGUGAUGUAAGGCUUAGUUGUAAAUAAGAGUAAAUAAAAUCAUUUUAUUUUUGAUUUGUA